AACGUUUCUUGAAAGUAUCGCUUAAGAACUCAAUUACCCAUAAUUCCUGGCGAGCGCCUUCAAAUAUGGCGACGGCAGUCGAUACAGUACUAAAUGUUGCUCUUCCUCCUUUUCGGGAGUCUUUAAAUUCCUUAGGCUUUGAAGUUUAUCCUUUAAAGAUAGGAUGGUACAAUGCAGUUGUGUCUCAGGCCCAUCAGCUUCCAUAUCCAGAGAAUACUCUGGCACUUGUGGUCCUCAGCACACCAUCCAUGUUUGAGAAAGUGUUUAUGCCUUUCCUGAGGAUGGGCUGCUGCAAAGGUGUCAGAGAUCCAAUUGAUCAGUGUGUAUCCCAGAACAUCAAAUCCUGUGUCUCAGAGUGUCUUCCAGACCAGAGUGUAGAUAUCAUGUUUGACUAUGAGAUGCUGCCCAGCAGAAAGCCCAAGUUUCUGGCUCAGACUGCAGCUCAUGUAGCAGGUGCAGCACGAUACUACAGGUCAUCAGAUGUUCAGGAUCCACCAUGGGGGAACAAGAAAAUGUUUGGCGUGUGUAUCCAUCCACGGCUGGGGGGCUGGUUCGCCAUCCGGUCUUUGCUGGUGCUGAAGGGUGUAGAAGUGGGUGAAGCACUACAGCAAGUAUCUCCACCUGACUGUGUUAGCUCACAGGAGGCCAGGAUAGAGCUUUUACAGAGGUUUAACCUGUGCUGGCGUGACUGGACCUACCGAGACAUCAUACCCACUGAGGAGCGUUACUCCCCUCAGCAACAAGAAUACUUCAUUACCCCUCCAGACCAGAGGGGAGAGCUGCUGAAGCAGUGGGGCUUUCUACCUGAAGAAGAGACUGCGACACAGAUAUCAACCAGCAGCCAAGGAUGACAUGGGCAGCAUCCCAAAACUGUGUAGUCUCAAAACCAAAAUACACACUGAUGAUCUGAUUUAAGCUAAAGUAAAGGCACAAGGUGGGGGGCACGGUGGCUUAGUGGUUAGCACGUUCACCUCACACCUCCAGGGUUGGGGGUUUGAUUCCCACCUCCACCUUGUGUGUGUGGAGUUUGCAUGUUCUCCCCGUGCCUUCGGGGUUUCCUCAGGGUACUCCGGUUUCCUCCCCGGUCCAAAGACAUGCAUGGUAGGUUGAUUGGCAUCUCUGGAAAAUUGUCCGUAGUGUGUUAUUGUGUGAGUGAAUGAGAGUGUGUGUGCCCUGUGAUGGGUUGGCACUCCGUCCAGGGUGUAUCCUGCCUUGAUGCCCGAUGACGCCUGAGAUAGGCACAGGCUCCCCGUGACCCGAGGUAGUUCGGAUAAGCGGUAGAAAAUGAGUGAGUGAGUGAGUGAGUGAGUGAGUAAAUGCACAAGAUAUUGAGUCAACAUGAAUGAAGAUUCAAACAUGAACCUUUAAUGCCUGAUUAUAUUCGGUAAUGUCGUAUUUACUGUUGAUUUGAUGAUUGUCAGAAAGACGCUGGCGCUGAGAAUGGAUAAAUGAACCUCAGGAACAAAAUUCUGAUGUAUGAUGACUUUAUUUAUCUAACAAAAUCAUUAAAAAGAAACAUACAGCAUA